CGCGAGAUCAGUUUGACUUACUUUUUUGUUUUGUAAAAUAUUCCUGUCGACAACUAAACGUAAUAUUACAGAUUGUACCAUGAUGAGACUUCGAGCUUCCAAUCUUUGGUGGAAGUUGGGCAGCUUUUCACAGUUGAACUACAACCAGAAUAUGUGGCAUCUACUGCAACCAACCAAUUUUGCUAAAGCAAUUCAGAAAUCAAACAUAUGCAAUUACUCAAGUGUUUCAAGAUCAUCAUAUAUAAACUAUUAUACAUUGAAUGCAAGAAUACCAUCUCUAGGUUAUCAGCAUUCUGGUGUCCUUAGUUCAAUCAAAAACUUCAACACAAGUCAGAAACAAUGCAUAAAAGAAGAUAAUGAAACAAAAUCACUGGCAGUAUGGAGGAACCUUGUGCACUUAAAAUCUUCCCCACUUCCUGCCUUAACACUUGGCCUUUCUGGACUUAUACCAUUUAUAUCAGCACCAGCAUAUAUGAUGGCAACUGGAGUGUUUUCACCUGAAAUUGCGUUUGCACAGGUUGCAUAUGGUGCUUGUAUUCUCUCCUUUCUGGGAGGGGUAAGAUGGGGAUUUACUCUCCCAGAAGAAAGUUUUGAGCAGCCUAAUUGGCAUAAUUUAGGAUAUAGUGUUGUGCCUUCUUUAGUUGCUUGGACAGGCUUACUGCUGCCUUCACCAUUGUCUUGUGUAACAUUAAUGGGAGGUUUAGGAGUCAUAGCAUAUUUUGAUGCAACAAUGCAGGGAUAUCCUCUGUGGUUCAAAGCACUGAGAUUCACUCUGAGCUUUAUAGCAGUUUUAUCUUUAUGGACAUGCUUCAUGUGUGGAUUUCUCUUGAAAUCAGAAAUCAAAAAUCAGUCUUCGAGUGAAUGAAUGCACUAUUUUUGCAAUUGUCAAUUAUUCGAUUGAAAGAUGUCACUGGGGUCACAACCAUUUUAUUUUCUGAAGUUUAGAACCUUGUCUUGCUAAUUAAUAGAAUGUACAAUUAGACUUAGGCAAUUAAAAAUUCAUGAAUUUCAUAGACCUAUAUCCUGGAAUCUCUUGGAAUAGAGUAUGACAGUAUUUGAAUCAGGCUAAAGAGAGAUAAAGAGAGUCUUGGAAUUCAAUUCUGGGAACUUGAUUAAUUAACGCUCAUGGCCAUUCAUUUGUCAAAGGACUUUUAAAUAAAUGCCCAUGGGGCCUAUUAGUGAGAGACUCCAGUAUUCAAGUAUGCUAAUGAUUAGAGAUUAAAUCUCAGAUUAAUGUGACAGUGAGAAUAGAGAAUGUAAGAUGGAAGCAGCUUGUAUGUGAUAAGAUAAAAAAAUAUUUCAUAUGGUAUUUAUGUGAACCUACUAUAUAUAGCCUGGUUAUAUGAAUAAAAUAUAUGUGCAGAUUUACCUUUU